CCGGCUGGUCUUCCGUGUCUUCCGCCCAGGGAGACUUCUCCUCAUCCUGCGCUGCGCUCUGCCGGCCUGGGGCGUCGCGGUACCCGCCUCCGCGGUGCGCACAGACCUCCCCCACCCCCGCCGCGCCUACUCAGGCGCUCGGACGCGGGCGGGAGGCGGAGCGGAGGGGUCGGGGGCGGUGUCGCCUCAGCCCAGCAGCUGCAGGCGGCGGCGGCGGCGGCGGCGGCGCCGGAGGUCCACGAGAUAUGGCCGCCUCGGUGUUCUGCUGCCUGCGGUGCUGCAGAGAUGGCGGGACGGGCCACAUCCCUCUGAAGGAGAUGCCGGCCGUGCAGCUGGACACGCAGCACAUGGGAACUGACGUUGUCAUUGUAAAAAAUGGAAGACGAAUAUGUGGAACAGGAGGUUGUUUAGCCAGUGCACCUUUACAUCAAAACAAAAGCUACUUUGAAUUCAAAAUCCAAUCCACAGGAAUCUGGGGUAUUGGCGUUGCAACUCAGAAAGUUAACUUGAAUCAGAUCCCCCUUGGCCGAGAUGUACACAGUCUGGUGAUGAGAAAUGAUGGAGCCCUAUACCACAACAACGAGGAGAAAAACAGGCUGCCAGCAAACAGCCUUCCACAGGAGGGAGAUGUGGUGGGUAUUACAUAUGACCAUGUAGAAUUAAAUGUAUAUUUGAAUGGAAAAAACAUGCAUUGUCCAGCAUCAGGUAUACGAGGGACAGUGUAUCCAGUUGUUUAUGUUGAUGACAGUGCAAUUUUGGAUUGCCAGUUCAGUGAAUUUUAUCAUACUCCUCCACCUGGUUUUGAAAAGAUAUUAUUUGAACAGCAGAUCUUCUGAAUGUAUUUGUUUUUGAAACUUGUAUUUCUGCACUGUUAAAAGUGUUUACCAUUUAAUAAAGCUUUACCUGACACAUAGAUGAAAAUAUAUUCUUAAAAAUAUGCUUGUUAAUAUUGUCUAAGGAACCAGUGUAUACACUAUACCACCCUGAAGUUGUGAUUUAAAGUACUUGGGUUUUGUGAUAUGAAAUCAGCAUUUGGGGCGGUUUAUUUAACUCUUAUUUAAAUAAAUAUAACUGUGGGUUUAAUUAACAGUAUUAAACGGGAAUAUGUAUAUAGAUAUUUAAAAGGGAGUCUUUCUUAAUGUAAAAUAUUUGUAUUGAUAGAGACAGAGUUGGGUGAGUUUUUUGGUCAUUCUGAUGUUUAGACCUCAUUAACUGUUUUAAGUCCGCAGUCCAAUAAUUUUGUGUCUCAGUGUCUUUUUUUAUAUAACGUAUAACAAAGUGACAAAUUUAUAUUAUUGGCAACUUCAGUUUUGGCGAUUUAUUUACUGUAAAAUGUACCACUUUAAAAAUGUUAAUUGCUUGUUUUGUUUGUAUGCCGUUUUUAAUUUUCUUUGUGAAAGGAGAUAAAUGUGGUAGUAAUUAUUGGAGCAUUUUGUUGAAGACCAUCAUGCUGUGUUACUUCAAUACCUGAGUAAGUGGUGGUUGACUGGUGACAGUGUACACAGCAGACAUUUAGAAUAGUAUGAUGCCUUCAGUUUAAAUGGAAAUGAGGUUAUUCUUUUAAGGAUUUUAAUUUAAAUGUGCAUUUUUCUGUAAGGAAUAAUAAAAUAAUAGUAAUUAAGGACUCUUCAGUACUAUAUUAAAUACAUGUUCUUCCUGUUGUAAUUAUACUGUAAAUUCACUUUGCCCUUGAUUAUUCAGAAGUUCAGAAAUAAGUGAAUCCUCUCCAUGACCCUGACUGAGCCUUUGCUUAGUUUUCAGGAAGAAUCCUUUAAAAAAUACCCUACAAAGCUGAACAAAUCACUGUCCGUAUCUUUGGGACAGUCUCCUUUGCAGAUAGGCCAGGCCAAGGAUGCAUGCAUUUCACUCAUUUAUCGACAUGGAGCAGUAUGUCAUACCAGAAAAACAUCGCUUAAGAAUCAAAGGAGACCUGAAUUGUAGUCUUGCCACUGGAUCCCAUUAUCUCUUCAGGCAAUUUCCUCAGUUUCUCUGGAUGCAGGUUCCCCAUUUAUAAAAGGGAUAGUCAUACCUUGUUGGUAAGAUUCUGAAACUGGUUAAAAUUACAUAUGCAAAACAGCCUCAUCAUCAUCCACACGUAAUGAAUGCAGCGUCUUUGUUGACUGCGCUCAGUGGUUUUCAUAGUGUGGCCCUUAGACCAGCAGCAUCAGCCUUCCUUACCUGACAACUUGUUAGACGUGGACACUCAGGCCCCACCCCAAACCCAUGGAAUCAGAAACUGCUGGGGACGCACCCAGGAAUCUGUUACAGAACAAGCCCUUGAGGUGAUUCUGAUCCAUGCUAAAGAUUGAGAACCACUGCUCAGGAGAGAAUUCUCCAAGAGUGAUUGCCUACUAUAAAUUUUCUAAGGAUUUAAGACUAUUGUUGACACAUAGAGUCCUGCACAAUAUUUAUUUAUUAUUUGAUACAUAAAAAUAUAACAAUUGGUUUUAAAACAUAGAUAUAUUUGAGUAACAUAUUUACAUAAAUCCCAGAUUUAACUCUGUAGAUACACAGAAUUGAACUAACUUUAUGUAUUUUUGCCUUUCUGACCUUGUAAUUUUAAUUAGUAAAGAACAUGGUUAUUUCAGAAAGAGAUUUAAUAUAACUACUGCUUGCAUUCUUUAUAAUGUUACCUACCUCCGAAUUAUUUUUUUAAGAGCUAACCUUUUUUUUUAAUGAUCAUGUUCUUUUCUCAAGACUGUCUUUGCUACCUCUAAUCAUACUGAAUAGAUACAGUACUAAAAUUGGUAUAUGAGUUAUGUCCAUGACAACAGUUUGAUGAAAAUCCCAUGGACAGAGGAGCCUGGUGGGCUGCAGUCCAUGGGGUCGCCAAGAGUCGGACACGACUGAGCGACUUAACUUUCACUUUUUACUUUCAUGCGUUGGAGUAAAUGGCAACCCACUUCAGUAUUCUUGCCUGGAGAGUCCCAGGGACGGAAGAGCCUGGUGGGCUGCCGUCUAUGGGGUCGCACAGAGUCGGACAUGACUGAAGUGACUUAGCAGCAGCAGCAGAUGUGCUUUUAAUCUCUAGCUAUCUAAUUUCUCGUAGGAAAAUUACCUAUAACCUCAGUCUUACCUUGAGAAAAACAUCAGAUUCAUAAAGGGGCAUCCUACAAAAUACUUGAGCAGUACUGUGCACAGUCAUGAGCAUCAAAAACGAGGGAAAUCAGAGACACCCACACCCCAGGGAGCCUAAGGAAACAAGUCAAUGUAAUGUGCGAACCAGGAACAGAAAAGGAUAUUAGGUAAAAACUAAGGAAAUCUAAAUACAUCAUGGGCUUUAGUUAAUAAUGUAUCAAUAUGUUUAUUACUUGUAAUAGAUGAACCAUAAAAAUGUAAGAUGUUAUUAACGGGAAAUUGGAAGAGGGGACAUAUGGGAACUCUGUACUACUGUCUCAAUUUUUCUGUGAAUCUAAACUGUUCCAAAAAAUAAAGUGUAUUUAAAAACCUACAUUCAGCUAGAAGAAAAUUAAAGCCUUUCUUGAAGACAAUA